AAAAAUGUGAUAGGAACACGAGUAUGUUAAAGUGAGAAACAAACAACAUUGCUCACUCUUUCAUCAAAGUAAGGAAGGACUGAACUGAACCAUGGCUUCUCCUUCCACCUUCGUUACACUCCAUCUUUUCUUCAUCAUUUUCACACUCUUCUCUCUCCAUGUUCAACCAAAACGCGUCAUUUCCGAAGACGGUUACACCAUCACCACCGUACUCGACGGUCACAAGCUUCACAUAAACCCUUUUUCCGUUCUCCAACGACCCACUUCCUCCGAUCUCAUUGUCCUUGAUUCUACAAACAGCACUUUCUACACCGUCCAAUUACCAAUUUCCCAAGAAAGUGUUUUUAAGAGGUUUUCUGGAAAUGGGUCACCUGGAGGAUAUGAAGAUGGUGAUGUGGGUUCUGCUCGGUUUGAUAAACCUAGAAGCUUUGCAGUUGAUACAAGAGGGAAUGUUUAUGUUGCUGAUAGGCUUAACAAGGUGAUAAGGAAAAUCGGCAUCAAUGGUGUCACAACAAUUGCUGGAGGGUCUUCAGAAAAGACAAACAUCAAGGAUGGACCAGCACAAAAUGCAUCAUUUUCAAAUGAUUUUGAGAUAACUUUCAUUCCUUCCCUGUGUGCUUUACUGGUGUCAGAUCAUAUGCACCAGUUGGUCUGUCAGAUUAAUUUGAAGGAGGAAGAUUGUACCCUUGGAUCUAAAUCUGGGCUUGGUGCAGUUAUGACUUGGACUCUAGGAUUAGGACUAUCGUGUAUACUCGGCUUAAUAAUCGGCAUUGUGGUCCGCCCUUAUAUCAUCCCUCAUGAACAUACCAGUCGUUACCAUUUCAUCGCGACAUGGAAGCAUUGCCAAACCAGUCCGGGGAAGAUAGUACUGACAGUCUACUCCGGCUUAAAAAGCGCAGUUGCUAGCUGCAGUUGCUCCUCCAUUUUCGCACUUGCAUUGCGACUUUGGAAAUUGAGUCUUUCACUUCUUGUUUUCAUGUUUAAUAUCGACUUUGUUUCUCCAAGGCGGCCUCAUCUGGAGUCUGUGUCUUUGCUAGAUUUAGAUGCCUACAAUAGUGGUGAGAUAUCAAAGUCAAGUAAGUAUUUUGACCAAUUGAAGGAUUUGAUGAAUUUUGAUGAAGACCUUGUGGAUUCAACUAAGGAUAACAAAGGCAGAAAGGCACCUAAAGGUGGUAACAUUCUUCAUCAAGAUUCAUCUGUGUCUAAUUUAGGUAUUGUGAAGAGGAUAUGAAGUUUGUUUGUAUGAUGGUACUGUUUUAUGUAAAUAGUAUGCAAAUAUUUUGUCAUCUAGAUAUCAUCUUUUUUAUAACAA